AUGGCAGCGCCCAUCUAUGCCUUGGGCGAUGAAUUGGAGAUGGACUGGCCGUUGGAAGGAGGUGGCCUUGGGAGCUUUCGCGCCACGGUCAUCGGCAUUGCAGCGCGAGCACCUGAGAGGCGGCAGGUGCCAGGUGCUUUCCGCUACCGUCUGCGCUGGCGCGAUGGCACCGAAAGCUGGGUCGGUCUGCGACUUCCCCACCGAGCGGUGAAUCGGACGCCAGGCGCCUGGCAGAAGAGCGGGGACGAGGCGGACCAUGCAGAGACGCCAUUGAAGGCCUAUGAGGACGUGGCCAGGUUUUUGGACGCUGUGGCCUCAUCGUUGGGUAAGGACAGAGGGACGCUGAAGAUUUACGACCCCUACUUCUGCAUGGGAAAUGUCGUGAAGCAGUUGGGCUCCCUGGGUUUUUACAAUGUCUACAACCAACCAGUGGACUUCUAUGCAGCGCAAAAGGCCUCACUUCCAGAGUAUGAUGUGCUGGAUCGAUUGUAUCGGUUUGCGGCAGAGAUGGCAGCAAAGCAAAAACCGAGCUUCUUGUUGGUUCCCAACUACACCAUUGAGACACAGCUCUUUGAUGAUCUCUUCAGCGAGAAGGAUGUAGUCUUCAUGGGCCCGGAGAAACGGUACGUCUACCGCAGCCCUCCCGAGCUCCGACCGAAGCUGCGAAACAAGCAGAGGAAGUAUGUCGCGCCCUACGUUACGUUGUGGGUCUUGGUGGGACUUCCAAAGAUGAAGUUGCCCACUCCGCCGGGCUGCUGUCCGCCGCUGCGCCGCAAAGCGGCGCUGCCUCCGUCGCUGCGGGGCAGCGCCAAAGGCUCAUCAGAGGCGAUGUGGUGA